CUCUCUCUCAUUUUUGUUCUCUAGUAUUCCAAUUUUUUUGUCUCUUUGUUUCACUUUCUCUCUCUCUAUCUCUUCUCUCAGUGUAAUGUUUUGUGCGUAACACCCCGCGCAAAACCUUCACUCACUCUUUCGCUCAAAAGGUUUUGAUAGUUUUUGCUUCUUCAUGGAUCCUGACGUUGUUGAAAUUCCUCCUCCAAUUCACCAAGACACACCCCCAUUCAAAAGGAAGAAGAAACGGCCCAUUGUCCAUGAUGUAAUUGACAUCGACGACGACGACAAUGAUGAUGAUGAUUUAAUGAUAAUUGGUGAAAUAAAUCGUAAACGUCAUAAGGGGAAGGCACUUGAAACCAUUCAUGAGGGUUACGGUGAUCAACAAGUUGUGCCUGGCAUGGAAAAAGUUGGAACAGUUAGUGGGAUUCAAUCUUUUAACAGUCAACCUGCAGUAUCACAUAACUCAAUCAAUGUUGAGGGCCAAGGUUCUGGUCCAUCGUUGGCCAAUAAUGACUACCUUGAUAUGUUUACAGAUAAUUAUAUGGAUGUAGACGAGUACGCUUUAUUACAGGCACAAUUUGAUAAUGUGGAUCUACCGACUGGAAUUGAGGCGCCUUUUACAUUGUUGCCAAAACCUUUCCACGGUAAAGCAAAGUCUUCUUUUUUUGGCUCAAAAAAACAGGAUUUUGCUGACAAUCCAGAUGCGAUGAAGCUGCCAUAUUUUGGGCAAUUUGAAAGUGCUAAGAAGGGAGCUGGCAGUAGCAGUUCAUUCCAUUCAAAUUUCAAUGGACAUAAUGGAUCAUCGUAUCUUCUGGGCAUGGAAUCAGGAAACCCAUGGUUUAAGAGUUCUCAUAAUAUCAAUGCCACUCCUGAGCACUUGUUUGGUGAAUCCAGUGUUCUCAAAUCUGCCAGAGCUGGAUGUGAUGGAGCAGCUGUGGUUCCCUCGGGUUUUACAGUCACUCAUGAACCCGAAAAUGAAACCCUGAGGAAACUUCGAAGUUUUAAGCAAUUUGACACUGUUACUGACACUUCAGACCAUUACUUUAUUAAAAAUAAUUGCUCCGUGAAGCAGAAUCCGAAGAGUUGGGCUAAAAAAAUCCAGGAAGAGUGGAGGAUUUUGGAGGAGCAUUUGCCGGAUACAAUAUUUGUGAGAAUCUUCGAAUCAAGGAUGGAUCUCAUGAGAGCUGUGAUUAUUGGAGCAGAAGGGACUCCUUACCAUGAUGGUCUUUUCUUUUUUGAUGUUUACUUCCCCCCUGAAUAUCCCAAUGUACCCCCGAAAGUCCACUACCACUCUGUAGGUCAUCGGCUUAAUCCAAAUUUGUAUGAUUGUGGCAAAGUAUGCCUCAGUCUACUUAACACCUGGUCUGGCGACAAGAAUCAGAUGUGGACUCCAGGUGUUUCGACAAUGCUACAGGUUCUAGUCUCCAUACAAGGGCUAAUCUUGAAUGCGAAGCCUUACUUCAAUGAACCUGGAUAUGCAUCUUUGAGUGGCUCGUCAAGGGGUGAAGUGAUGUCACUGCAGUAUAAUGAGAAUACGUUCAUUCUUUCAGUGAGGACAAUGACGUCUGUGAUAAGAAAUCCUCCUAAGAAUUUUGAAGACCUUGUUGUGGGGCAUUUCUACAGCAGAGCACAUGAUAUCCUGAGGUCAUGUAAAGCCUACAUGGAAGGUGUUCAAGUUGGUUGUUUGGUCAAAAGAGGGGAUAACAUUGUUGAUGAGAGUAAAGGAAAAUGCUCAGAUGGAUUUAAGUCUGGUUUAGUUGGAUAUGUUAAUUAUCUAGUCACAGAGUUUGUAAGAAUUGGAGUUAAGGACUGUGAGAAAUUUGUGCUUCCUCCCUCCAGUACCGCCUACCACCCGCAUAACUGCAUCAGUGGUCAAGGAACAUUUUUCUCAAAACCCAAUUUUCAGACUCCGGUGCUUCAUCCCUCCAAUCUUCAGAUUCAGACUUCGUUGCUUCAUCCCUCCAAUCUUCAGAUUCAGACUCCGUUGCUUCAACCCUCCAGUGCCAUGUACAACCUUCCUCUCUCCGGUUCCGUGUACAACCUUCCUCCCUCCAGUACCGUGUACAACUCGCAUAACUACAUGAGUGGUCAAGGAACAUAUUUUUUUUAAAACUCAAUUUUGAGACUCUGAUAUCUUAGGCUUAUUGCAUCAAGUGCAUGCUGGUUUUUGUGUUUUUUUGUUUUUGUUUUACAUUAAUUAACUAUUAAGGAUUUUCGGUUUCAAAAAAACUAAGUAUUUAAAAACUUAACCUAAUUUCAGCACACACAAAAAACUCAACAUAAUUGUAUAUACUUCUCUAAAAGAAAUGUAAGCAAAAUGUAGUUUACAUUUUUCA